AGAGAGAGAGAGAGAGAGAGAGAGAGUGUGUUUUAGAGUGUGUGCUUGCAUUUUCUUUUUCCAGCACCUCCAUAUGGAGAACCGUCGAGAGAGAAAUGAUUCCUAAUAAGGUUGUAACAAGAGGCGCUUUCUCCACAAGUCACUGUAGCUGCCAGGAAAAGUUUCCUUUCCAUCCUCUUUCCUUUAUGUAUGAGACCCAGAAACAAACAGAAAAUAGUCCAAUCCCUGCAGUGGAGAGAGAAAGCAAACCAGGUCAGAAAGGCUCUUCUGGACUGCAGUGGGUAGAAUUCAACCAUAACAAACCCUAAUAUACCAACAUUACACAUUGUCAGAUGCUGACUGCUGGCUUCCUCGUAUGACUUUGAAUCACACUUCUGAUCAGGGCCAUUUGUGUUUUGUAUGUGAUGGUGUUACAGGAGGUUGCUAUUGAAUCAUGGCUCAAGUGCUACAUAUGGACACCAGCUUCCCAGGGAAGAUUAACUCUACAGUCCCCACUUCCCUGCACCCAAAAGAUACAGAGGCUCCUUACUCAGUAGAGACCCCCUAUGGUUACCAUCUGGAUCUGGACUUCCUCAAAUAUGUUAAUGACAUUGAAAAGGGUAAUACUAUAAAGAGGGUGCCUGUUCAGAGACGUCCACGCUAUGGUUCUCUGCCCCGUGGUUAUGGUUACACUGGUUCAUGGUGGACCUCCACUGAAUCGUUGUGCUCCAAUGCCAGCAUGGACAGCCGCCACUCAUCCUACUCAUACUGUGCACCGGGCUAUCACACCUCUCAGCGUCCCAACUUCAACAUGGCUCGUGUGGAGAAGACUCUGCUAGAUGCACGGCGAAAGUUGGAGGAAGAGAAGGACACUCGCUUUUCCAACUUAGGCAGCAUGCACAGCAGUGUUGCUGGCUCUAACACCUCUCUGUCCAGUGCCCACAGUUUCAAUCGUGCUCAGGGAGGGGGAAGUUCAUACACACCUGCCAGCUCAGGCCUGUCAACACCUGUAUCACCCACCCCAGCCCACCUACAGCAUGUACGUGAGCAGAUGGCCAUGGCCCUUAGGAAGAUCCGGGAUCUGGAAGAGCAAGUGAAGACCAUUCCCGUGUUGCAGGUGAAGAUCUCCGUGCUGCAGGAGGAAAAGCGACAGCUUAGUGUGCAACUAAAAAGUCAGAAGUUCUUGGGCCACACACUUGGGUUCAGCCGUGGGCGGCCACGUGGAGAGCUCUACAUUGACAUUCCAGAGGAGGGAGUGGAAGCUGCCACCAGUAAGCUGGAGGGGGGACUCUCCCCCACAACCCCCGAUGGCUCACGUCAGGACUCAGGCUGUGAGAUAGAAGAUACUGUGAUUGUGGGCACUCUUCGGCCAGGAACCAGGAAGGAGGUUCGAACCAUUGGUGUGGGUUCAGACAAUAAGGAGAAAGAUACUUGCCAGGUGGGUGUAGGUGUGAGGGAGGAAGACUUGGGCUUAUUGCCAGAGACAGAAGUUCUGAAGUCCAAGGUGGACCAGUUGGAAGUGCAGCUGAGCAAGACUAUGCAAGAGUUACAGAGUGCCCAGAUGAAGGUGGACGCAGUGCAGAAGGAGAGGCAGGGUGGAGCCCUGCAGGCUGAUCAUGCUGUGAGGGCCACCAGCCUGGGCUGGCAGGAUCAGCAUGACCUGGGAAGUGCUGGCCUCCACACACUGGUCAGCUUUACCCACCAAGGCCAGCAGAAGCAGCAGAGGACAGUGGGGAUCCAGGUGUAUACACUGGAGCAGCCUAUGGUGAUGCUCAGGACUCAACAAUGCAGCACCUCCACCAGACCUCUAUCUGCAUCCAUGCUGGAGGGGACUCCUCAGAGAGGAUAUGCAGAGCCUCUGAGUGCAGAAGAAUCAAUUGCAGUAAGCUCCAAACAGGUACGAGAGGUCCUAAGAACUGAAUUGUCCACAUCAGUGCCAGUGACCAGCCCGUCCAGUGCUAUGGAGACAAACUACAGUCAAGCGGCUCCCCUAUGUCAGAGGCUAAGGGAUGGAGAACAGAAACAGCAGCUGGCCACAGAAGUUAUGCCCUCACAUGAAAGUGCACCCCAAACAGCCUCUCCUCAUUCCAGCUUGAGAUCAAUCAUGAAGCAUAAGGCAGACAAAGAACCACGCUCUGCUUCAACCCAGAAGAAUCUGCAGUUCAUAGGAGUGAAUGGAGGGUAUGAGUCCACCUCAUCAGAGAGCAGUUCUGAGACUUCAGAUGAUGAGAGUGAUGCAAGUGAAUAUCAUGAAGCCACAGAGAAACUACCGGAAUCUCCAGCUCAUCACCCUCAGGCACCCUCUGUUAGCACCUCUGCCGUUUCUAUACCUGUAAUUCCCAAAUCUUCAGAGACAGCAAAUGUCCACCACAGCAACACCCCACUUUUACUUAGUGAGGGCUCAGGUCAUAGUAUCACUCAUUCACCAGCCUCUGACACAGCCACAUGUCAGCAUGUUACAAAAUCACCAGCUUCAGAUUCAGACCAAUGGCACUCUGCAAUCCAGUCAUCUACCACUGCCACGGCUCCUCAGGAGACUCUUAUCCUGUCAGCAGAAUCAGAUUCCAAUCAGCAAUAUACCACCCAAAACACUGCCAUUUGCACUGAACACAGUUCCAAUCAAUCACCAACAAUCUGCAUUGCGUUGGAACAAGUUGUUAACCAGCCCCAAGCCACUAGCUCAGAUAGCCAGCAAAAUUCUAACCAGCCAGGUGUAACUACUCAACAGCCCACUGCUCUGUCACAUACCACUGGUCCUUCUCAUCCAGAUGAUAGCCAAUCACAAACCACUGACCUUACUCCAUACCAGCAAACUGUGCAGUUGAAAGCUUCAGAUGCUUCUGACCAACAGGAUACAGGCAAAACUCCGGUCAGCAGUCCAACUGAAAAAACCUGCUCAAACAAAGCACCUACACAAGAAAGCAGUUUCAGAGGGGAAAUGAGUGACAGCUUCAUGACAGCUCUUCAUACCUUGCAGAAAGCGCUUGGUGAACCAAAUGCUUUUAGCCAACAGGGGGCGAGAACAGCCUACACCACAGUGUUACAGGAGUGGCUGCGCGUCUCAUGUCAUAAAUCUGCGGACACAGCAGUGGUCCGAGCCUACAUGGACGCCUUUGCCUCUGUCUCACCUCAGCUGCUGGAGUUUGUGAUCAAUAUGGCUGAUGGGAAUGGAAACACAGCACUACACUACACUGUCUCACACUCCAACUUCCCAGUGGUUAAACUGUUGCUGGACACAGGUCUAUGUAAUGCAGAUAAGCAGAACAAAGCUGGCUACACAGCUAUCAUGCUGACUGCUCUGGCUGCGUUCCACUCCGAAAGUGACCUUCAGACAGUUCUGCAGCUGCUGCGUACUGGAGAUGUCAAUGCCAAGGCUAGCCAGGCUGGACAAACAGCUCUGAUGCUGGCAGUGAGUCAUGGCCGAGGAGACAUGGUCAGAGCGCUACUGUGCUGUGGUGCGCAGGUCAAUCUGCAGGACGACGACGGCUCCACAGCCCUCAUGUGUGCCUGCGAGCACGGUCACGUCGACAUUGUGCGCCAGCUGCUCUCUGUACCAGGCUGUGAUGCCACGCUUACUGAUAAUGAUGGCAGCACUGCUCUCUCCAUAGCGCUAGAGGCCAGUCAGAAUGACAUUGCCGUGCUUCUGUAUGCCCAUCUGAAUUUUGCGAAACCUCCUUCCCCUGUGUCUCCAAAGUCGCAAAUUGUGGGAUCCCCACCGUCUUCAUCUGAAAUCCUAAAAUGAAACACUAAGGCUGAUUCCUCUGUGGACAUAAACUCAUUGUAAUUGUGCGUACAGUUGAUCUGUGCAAAUAUAUAUGGGUUUUUAUAUAUAUACACACACAACCCCAAUUCCAAAAAGUUGGGAUGCCCAGAUGUUAUUCACAACAGAACAUAGAAAACAUAUCAAGAUGUUUAAACUCUAGAAAUGCACCAUUUUAAGAAAAUAAUAAGAUAAUUUUGAAUUUGAUGGACACACCAUGUCUCAGAAAAUUUGGGACGGGGCAACAAAAGGCUGGGAAGGUAAGUGUUCGUAAAAAGAAACAGCUGGAGGUUAUUUGGGAACAUGUCAGUAACAUGAUUUUGUAUAAAAAGAGGAUCUUAGAGAGACAGAGUCUUUCAGAAGUUAAGAUGGGGAGAAAUUCACCAAUCUGUGAAAAAUUGCAUCUACAAUUUGUGGAACAAUUUCAAAAUAAUGUUCCUCAACUUAAAAUUGUGAAGACUAUGAAUAUCUCAUCAUCUACAGUACAUAAUAUCAUCAAAAGAUUUCGAGAAUCUGGAGAAAUCUGUGCACAAGGGACAAGGAUGAAAAUCAAUACUGCAUGCCCGUGAUCUUUGUGAUCCUCAGGCAGCACUGCAUUAAAAACAGGCCUGAUUCUGUAAAGGAAAUCAUUGCAUGGGCUCAGAAACUCCUCCAGAACUCAUUGUCUGUGGACACGGUUCACCGUGCCAUCCACAAAUGCUGGAUAAAGUUCUAUCAUGCAAAGAAGAAGCCGUAUGUGAACAUGCUCCAUAAACAUCGCCAUCUUCUUGGGGACAAAGCUCAUUUAAAAUGGACCGAGGCAAAGUGGAAAACUGUUCUGUGGUCAGACGAAUCCAAAUUUUUAAUUAUUUUUGGAAACCAUGGACACUGCGUCCUCUAAACUAAAGAGGAGAGGGACCAUCCGGCUUUUUAUCAGUGCUCAAUUCAACAGCCUGCAUCUCUGAUGAUCUGGGGGCGCAUUAGUGCCUAUGGAAUGGGCAACUUGCACAUCUGGAAAGGCACCAUCGCUGCUGAAAGGUAUAUACAGGUUUUAGGGCAACAUGUGCUUCCAUCCAGAUUCCAUCCCAUCUUUACUUCUGAGAGACUCCACCUCUCUAAGAUACUCUUUUUAUACCCAAUCAUCUUACUGACCUGCCGCCAAUUAACCUAAUUAAUUACAAAAUGUUCUUCCAGCUGUUCUUUUUAGUAACACUUACUUUUCCAGCCUGUUGUUGCCUCCGUCCCAACUUUUUUGAGAUCUGUUGCGGCCAUGAAAUUCCAAAUUACCUUGUUUUUUUCUUAAAAUGGUACAUUUCCUCAGUUUAAACAUUCAAUAUGUUUUCUAUAUUCUACUGUGAAUAACAAGAGAUUUGCAAAUCAUUGCAUUCUGUUUAUAUUUACAUUUAUUUACAUUUUACACAGCGUCCCAACUGGAAUUGGGCUUGUAUAUGUUAUCACUUAAUUCUGUGCUACUGCAUUUUCAGUGUGUCCUUUAAACACGGCUUUUUAAACUUAAGGCCUCAUUUUAUUAAAUCCUAAAUUCCAAUGAUAUGGUCUAAUAUUGCAAGUAAAAUUAUCAGUGGAGUACCAUGAAACCUGAAGCUGAUGUGAAAACAUCCUUAUACGCAAAGCGAAAUCCAACUUUGUUUUUGUCUCAUGCUACAUUAUGCUAGUGCAUUCGCCUCUUGUCUGAUGGGGGACUUUUAGCCAUUUCAGUGUGCCAUUAAGUGAAUUAUUUAACUAAUUAAUAAAUCUAAUGUUCAUAAAUCUAAUGUUAAUCUAAAUAAAUCUAAUUAUGAAAAUGUUGAGGAAAAUCUGAAUUAAAAUAGAGACAUUAAAAAAAAGACCCAUGUCAGAUAAAGGUCAGUUAAGCAUAAGGAACAGCGGGGUUUUACUUACUUUUUAAAUGCUCAGUAAAUAAAUAGAAAGUAAACAAACUAAUAAAUGAAAAUGUCUUCAGUGUCUCAUAGAGACACAUUUUCAAAAUUGAUUAAACUAUUUUACAUAUGACCAUGAGGGGCUUCCAAAAUCUAAUGAAAAAUAUCUGGAAAGGCAUUUAAUGACAAGAAUAUAGAAAUAAUAGUGACAUGUCAUGACCCGUGUCCUCAGUGUUUGUGCCAGAAUUGUUCAGGUGAUUAGACACUAUAAGUACACUUUGUUGUCUACUUGACAUUAGGAAUUGGGUAUGUCUUGAGAAAAGAAUAUUCACUAUAUGUCUGGAGGUUUGUGGACACCUGACCAACACACUUGUAUGUGCUGUUUGAACAUCCCAUCCAGAUUUAAUCCUCAUUUGCUCUUCUGAUAAAGGCUUUCCGCUAGAUUUUGGGGCGUGGCUGUGGGCAUUUGUGUUCAUUCAACUACAAAAGCAUUAGUGAGAUCAGGCGCUGAUGUUGGGUGAGGAGGCCUGGGGUGCAGUCUGUGUUCCAGUUCAUCCCAGUGGUUUUCAGUAGGGUUGACGUCAGGGCUCUGUGCAGGACACUCGAGUUCUUCCACUCCAACAAUUUACACUGAUAUUAUACUGGAACAGGUGUGGGUUCCUCUUGGUUGCAGUGAAGGGAAACUGUAACACUACAGCAUACAAAGACAUUCUGUACAAUUAUGUGUUUCCAAGUUUGUCGCUACCUUUUUUGGGAAGAAUCUCAUAUGGGUGAGAUGGUCUGGUGUCCACAACCUUUUGACCAUAUCGUAAACAACAUUAUGAAACAUUCAGUUUACUAAGUGCCACUCCAGAUCAAAAUUUAUUUAGCCAUGGUCUUUGUUGGAGUUUUUGAUUGCUAGCCAAAAAACAUUUGGAUUUGAUGUGGGUUUGUUGUUUAGGUUCGGUUAACAGUGCGGGUGUGUCAGCCCAUACAUGUUUAAUGUCCUUAUGAUUAUGCCAUAUUGUCCAAGGCCUGCAGCUCUGAUGGUAGCUGCUUGUCAUUUUUUCUUCUUCUUUAAGCAACAAAUCUAGGUGAAUUUUAUUGAUGUUAUUGCAGUGACUACACAAUCACCUGUAAAUGUUGCCACUCUAAGAAAUUAUAUGAGAAAACAGAUUUGGAUGUACAGUCAGCACCAUAUUUAUUGGCACCCUAUUAGAAAAGAAUGUGUCCCCAACAAUCAAGCUAAAUGCUGAAGGACAAACACUUUUUCUGCUGAGUGACGUGCAUGUAGGUCUUCAAUCAGAGUUUCAGAUGGUAUAUCCUUUGAUGUUGGCAUUUGAAGACUAAAUACACACUUUACUUAAUAAAUGAGACCCCUGGUUUAUUUACUGCUCUGACCAUAAUUCAUUCGUUCAUUCUAUAAUUCAUUCAUUCUUCAGUAAAUGCUUUAUCCUGGUCAGGAUCAUAGUGGAUCCUGAGCAUGAGGCAGGAAUACACCUUGGAUGGGGGAGCAGUUUAGUUAGAAUGUUGUGGUAUUUUUACUCUUUGAAUGCAGUCGUUAUUUGUUGUCAUUUCUACACAUAUACAGCAUUGUCACAAAUAGAAUCUAUACCGACUCACCCUUGCUUUGUUCUGUGUGAAAACUCACAGCAAUAUUGCACAUGGACCAUGUUUAUAGCCUGCUGAAUAAACGUACAGUAGCUAUACAUGUAUAGUGUAGUUUCAAUGUGUACUUUUUGCCUCGCAAAGUGAAUUUUUUUUUUUAAAUGCGUAUUUCACACUAUAAACAGUUACAUCCCAAAUGGCACAACAUAUAAGCUGAUACUUAGACUAAGUUUUCCAAAACCACUAUACAUUUUUUUAUUGUGUGUGUGUUUGUGUAUACAAUGAGUGGUUGUACGCAAAGGUAUCAUGACUGCAUUAAGGUACUAACUUGUAUGAGGAAAGUGGCUUGCAGUGUUUUCUUAUGACUGGAUGAGCUGCUGUGGAAGAAUUUGGUGGAGUUUGAUGCUGAAAUAAUUGGCUUUGUAAAGUAUGGGGCUCCUUUAUCAGUUUCUGUUCUUACGUGGUCAAGAAAGUGUAAAAAAAAAAAAAUAAUAAAAAAUAAAAGGCUCAGAACUAUCGAUGGAGAAUGUGCUGUAUAAGAUUUUUAGAAAUAAGUAUAAUAUAUGCCGUGUCCUUAAGUUUAAUUGCUUUUCUAUACACUUUUUAGCUUUUGAAACACGGCCAUUGAAUCGAAACAUUGUGUAACAUGAUGGCUAAUUAGAGUUUUAUACACACUUUAUCAUCACUAGUUUAGCAAUUCAUUUGUUUUAUAAUCUUUUAUAUUUGUUUUAUUUAGACUAACUAACUUUAUAUUAUCUGUGACAACUAUGUCUUUUUGGCACCUUUGACUCUUCAUUUGUAAUUAGUAUUGUUACCUUUAUAAAUAAAUCCUCACUUUGUUAUGGUUGUGUCUCCCUUUUUAAGAAAUAAAUAUAGACCUUAUAUAAGUUU